AUGGCUACCAUUGCAAUUGACCCCAACUAUGGCUACGUCCUCCUCGCCGCAACCUCUACCUUCUUCAUGAACUUCGUCCACGGCGCCAACUCAGGCAAAUACCGCAAAGCAGCCAAAGUGGCCUACCCAGCAGGCUACGCGCCCGCCGACCGCACCGAUGAGGCAGCCCAGAAAUUCAAUUGUGCGCAGCGCAGCCACGCGAACUUCAUCGAGAACCAGCCCACCGCAGUCGCAGCAAUGCUAAUCGGAGGCUUGCGGUUCCCCCUCGCGGCGGCCUCUUUGGGUGCCACCUGGACGGUCUUCAGAUAUGUUUAUAUGGUGGGUUAUUCUAGCGGUGGUGGCGAUGGCAAGGGCAGAUUGAAGGGUAUGCCAUUCUGGAUUGCGCAGCUGGGGUUGAUUGGUUUGGCGGGAUACACUGGUCUUUCGCUGGUGAUGGGAUGGUGA